ACAAAAUCUCUGCAAAUACUAGCCGUACACACCCAAACAUAAACCAGUUGAACUGCGAUCAAGUGAUCUAGUCAUGAUCCCGUCCUUUCUGAUCAAUAAUAUUACCGUUGGUGUUCAAUAAACGCGUUUCUUCACAAGUUGUUUGAAACCAGCCAUUCGCCUCAUCUUUUUCCUACUUCCUCUUUUUCACACUGCAACUACACGCCGUUUCUGUUUCUAUUUCUUCCCAUAGUCUUUCCUUUUUGUCUACUUCCCUAAAUUUUUUUCUCAGAUCAAGUUAUAUAGCUAGCUUGAAUCACUUAAUAGAACUGUUUCAGAAUUCUGUUUAAAUGUUAGAUUUCAAGCUUCUUACAGACUAUUAAACAAACCUAGGGCUUCAUUCUUCACUUAGGCUCUUCAUCAUCAAAUUUUUCCAGAGCUAUUAUUACAGAUAUGGGGAAAUUUUUGAGCCAGGUGAUUCACAUUGCUUUCGAUUAUCUCCGUGGAUCACCACAAAAUCAAACUGAUGGAAAUAAACUUGAGAUGCGCGAGAAAGAAUUUGAGAAGCGCGAGAAAGAGUUGGAAGCCAGUCUAGAUGAACUGAAAUUACAAGUUAAAGCAUCAAAAUGUCAGAUAGAGGAACUGACUCAGAAAUUGGAGGACAAGGAGGAUGAAUUGGAAAGUCUGGAAGAUCUUAAUCAGACUCUUAUUGUCAAAGAACGCAGAAGUAAUGAUGAGUUGCAGGAAGCCCGUAAGGAAUUGGUCAAUCAACUGAAAGCAACUGGUAAUACCCGUGCUAGCAUCCGCUAUAAGAGAAUGGGAGAACUUGAUUCUAAACCUUUCCGGAAGGAAUGCAAGAAGCGAUUCAGGGGCGAAGAAGCAGAUGUCAAAGCUACUGAGCUUUGCAGCUUAUGGGAAGGAUGACAAGCUGAAUAGUCUAAAGAACGACCUGGGUGAUGACGUUUUUAAAGCUGUGGCAACUGCACUAACAGAGAUGAAUGAUUAUAAUGGGAGUGGGAGGUAUAUAGUUCCGGAACUAUGGAACUUCAAAGAGGAAAGAAGGGCAACCCUAAAGGAGGGUAUUCAAAGAUUGAGCAAGUACAAACGGAGGAAGUAUUCAUAGGUAUACCUUCACAUAAAUGAACUGAAAUUAGUUGGUUGAGGAGUUGGAAUUGAAUGCUGAAACCAGGUUGCAGAUUUUGGUGCUCCGAAGCUGUUACCGGCACCGAUCAAGAUUUGAAGCUACGCUUUGCCAUUAACUCACUGUGAAACCGCCAGAAACAUAAAAAAUUGUAUACAGAAUUCAAGUCACAGUAGCUUAUGAGAUUUUUUUUUUCUGUUGGGCAACAUUUGUAAGGCAAUUGAUAACUGUGCUUGUAAG